AUGACCAGUGAUAAUGAUCAUGAGGCCACCACCGAGGCCAAGGUGCUCAAACCUUCCUUGGACGAGCGGAUCAAUGGGGUGAUCGACCUGCGUAUUGGCAAGGACGACCCGUUUGUGUUUGGGCAACGGUACCUCACCGAUGAGGAAAAAGUCUUCGAGCACAACGCUUGGGACCACGUUGAAUGGGGCGAAGAGCAGAUCGCUGAGUGUCAACAGCUUAUCGAAAAGCAAUACGACCACCCAGUGUCUGAUUUCGACAAGAAACGGUUUAACCUGACCCCAGCUAAGUUCUGGGAUAUCUUCUACAAAAACAACCAGGAAAACUUUUUCAAGGACCGGAAAUGGCUCAAGAUUGAAUUCCCUGAGUUGUUUGAAAUCACCAGCGAGGGUAGAACCGAAAAGGUGACCAUUUUGGAAGUUGGGUGCGGCGCUGGCAACACUUUUUAUCCGAUUCUUGCUGAGAACGCCAACCCUAACCUCAAAAUCUAUGCUUGUGAUUACUCUAAAGUGGCGGUGGAUGUGGUUAAAAAGCAACCACAGUUUGAGCCUCUUAACGAGAAGGGGAUCGCUUACUCUUCGGUGUGGGAUUUGGCUAACCCUGAAGGCAACAUCCCUGAAGAUAUGGAAGAAAACCAGGCCGACUAUGUCAUUAUGAUCUUUGUGUUCUCUGCGUUGCACCCUGACCAAUGGCAUCAGGCGAUGCUUAAUCUCAAUAAGGUGUUGAAGCCUGGCGGCAAGAUUUUGUUCCGGGACUAUGGUCGUUACGAUUUGGCCCAGGUCCGCUUCAAGAAGGGUCGGUUGUUGGAAGACAACUUCUACAUCCGGGGUGACGGUACUCGUGUCUACUUUUUCACUGAGGAAGAGCUCAGGGAGAUCUUCUGUAAGGAUGGUGGAUUUGAAGAGAAUAAGAUUGCCACUGAUAGACGUUUACUUGUCAACCGCAAGAAACAGUUGAAGAUGUACCGUAACUGGCUCCAAGGGGUGUUCACUAAGCCUGUAUAA